AUGUACAGAAUAGACGUUUCAGAUUUUUAUGACUUCCAAGCGUUCAGAAAUAUGUGUCCAUUUAGAGACUAUAACAAAGCAGUCGAGAAUUUGAAACGUUUAGUCAUUUAUGUCGACUCUGCCCCAGAAUGUUAUGUCAUGAAAGAAUGGGAUGUUGUCUUUAACAAACCAAGAGCAACCAUAGUUUCAGAACAAGAAUGUAGACAGAAACUUAAGAAAAUAAAAGUCGUACAAGUUGGUAUGAAGAUGUUAGAUGCUUGGGAUAUCUUAUUGUCAAAGUUAGAAGAUUUUUCAGUUCGUGGUAUAAAGUUCUAUACACCAUCUCCAAACUUCUAUUCUAUCUUCACUGGAUAUAAAUACGAACAAGUAGAAUGGAAAGAAAAUGUUAUAGAAGCUUGGUUAGACCAUGUCAAAGAAAUUAUAUGCAAUGGAAACGAAAGAGUCUAUGAGUAUAUCUUAUGUUGGUUUGCAAACAUCUUACAACAUCCAAGUGCUAAAAAUGAAACUGCUCUCAUUAUAAUUGGAAAACAAGGAACUGGUAAGAACACUUUCUUUACAGAUAUCUUAUGCAAACUGUUAGAGGGCUAUUCGAACCCUAAUAUGACAAACUUAGAAAACAUCUGCG